AUGGGGUUCAGCAAGCGUGAUACUGCGAUUGUGCCUGUGCCUGUUCCUGAAGAUCCUCUUAUGGCAGCUCUUCCCGCUAACGCUGCACCAUGGUAUAAGCAGCGUCACCUCCUGCGUCUCAACUUCAUCAUCAUCUCGUUGGUGAUGUACUCAUCAGCCAACGGAUACGAUGGAUCUUUGAUGAAUGGUCUAGAAGCCCUUGAUCAAUGGAAAGAGUUUAUGAAUCACCCGUCAGGCGCCUGGCUGGGAUGGAUCAAUGCCAUCUACUGGCUAGGCUGUGGUAUUGGCUAUCCCUCCGCUUCCUGGAUUGCCAACAAGUACGGCCGUAAGCCCGGUGUGUACGUCGGCUUCGGUCUUUUGGCCCUUGGAGUCGCUCUACAAACCGCUGCCCCGAAUAGCCCAGCAUUUUUGAUGGCCAGAUUCUUCUUGGGAGGUGCUUCUGCUUUGUUCGGUAAUUCCGUUCCUCUGCUUAUCAACGAGAUCGCCUACCCUACCCACCGUGGCAUCCUAAACUCCCUUUUCAUGUCGGGUUGGUACGUUGGUGGAACCGUGGCUGCCUUCGUGGUGUUCGCUUCUCGGACAUACGGCUCUUCUUGGGCCUGGAGAUUGCCUUCCGUUCUCCAGUCUUUAGUCCCCCUCAUCGGACUACCAGGCUUUCUCCUUGCGCCAGAAAGCCCUCGGUGGCUCGUCUCAGUCGGACGAGAGAGCGAGGCCCGCGCCAUUCUCAUCAAGUACCAUGCCGAUGGUGAUUCAAACUCAUCGUUAGUCAACUAUGAGUUCCUAGAGAUUACUUCCACCAUCCACGCAGAGCAAGCAGCCAAUAGCAACGGCAGUUAUCUCGAGAUGAUCAAAACGCCCGGUAACCGUCGCCGUCUCAUGAUCUCUGUCACUCUUGGUCUCUUUGCUCAGUGGGUUGGAAACGGUGUCAUCUCCUAUUAUCUGUCUUUAAUUCUUACCUCCGUUGGUGUCACAGAGGUCAAGGACCAAACCCUCAUCUCAGCUUGUCUCCAAGUGUGGGACCUGAUCUUCGCCGGUCUGGGUGCAUUCCUGAUCGAUCGGUUGGGACGACGACCCCUUUUCAUGGCAUCGGCCGGCAUCAUGUUCGUGAGUUAUGUGCUCGUAACUGCUCUUUCGGGCGCAUACAAAGUGCAUGGGAAUCCCGCCACUGGAGCUGCAGUCAUUCCGUUUCUGUUUAUCUUCUUCGCUGGAUACUGUAUCGCAUUAACCCCUUUCCUCACCUCUUAUCCUUGCGAAAUCUGGCCCUUCCGCCUCAGAUCCCGAGGUCUGACCGUGACAUGGGUAGCCUCAAUUGUGGGCAUGUUUUUCAAUACCUUCGUCAAUCCCAUUGCACUAGACGCCAUUGCAUGGAAAUACUACUUUGUGUUUGUAGCUGUUCUGCUGGCGUUUGGCAUAACGGCCUUCUUCUAUUACCCCGAAACCAAGGGGUACUCUCUAGAGCAAAUUGCCGUGAUUUUCGACGGCGAGGAUGCUCUAGUGAGUCAUCCGGCUGAUAUCGCUAAGAGUGCCAAGGCUGGAGAGUCCGUGGCUGUUCAUGAAGAGUCAGUUUAA